CUUGUGAGUGGUGAGAAGAGGGAUGAGAGUCAAGACCAUCACUAAGGAUUUAUGUAAGAAUUCAAAAUGAAGAGAGAAUCCAGAAAUAGAGUGAAAUGGAUGUGAAAAUUCAGUGGAAAAGAAGGAUUAUCUAAUAAAUGGAUAAUGGACAACGGAUUGGUCCAGUCAAAGACAAGAUGUUGAUUAACAUAAAGAGCAUCUUAUGGAUGUGCUCUACCUUAAUAGUAACCCAUGCACUACAUAAAGUCAAAGUGGGAAAAAACCCAUCUGUUAAGGGAUCCCUUUCUGGAAAAGUCAACCUUCCUUGUCAGUUUUCAACCAUGCCUACCUUACCACCCAGUUAUAAUACCACCAGCGAAUUUCUCCGAAUCAAGUGGUCUAAGAUUGAAUUGGACAAGAAUGGAAAAGAUUUAAAGGAGACUACUGUUCUCGUGGCCCAAAAUGGGAAUAUUAAGAUUGGUCAGGGCUACAAAGGGAGAGUGUCCGUGCCUACACAUCCUGAGGACGUGGGUGAUGCGUCACUCACCAUGGUCAAAUUGUUGGCAAGUGACGCGGGCCUCUACCGCUGCGACGUCAUGUACGGGAUUGAAGACACGCAGAGCACGGUGUCACUGACCGUGGACGGUGUUGUGUUUCACUACAGGGCAUCGACCAGCAGGUACACUCUGAAUUUUGAGACUGCACAGAAGGCUUGUUUGGAUAUUGGGGCAGUCAUAGCAAGCCCAGAGCAGCUCAAUGCCGCCUAUGAAGAUGGAUUUGAGCAGUGUGAUGCAGGCUGGCUGUCUGAUCAGACCGUUAGAUAUCCCAUCCGGACUCCUCGAGAAGGCUGUUAUGGAGAUAUGAUGGGGAAGGAAGGAGUCAGGACCUACGGAUUCCGUUCUCCUCAUGAAACUUAUGACGUAUAUUGUUAUGUGGGCCAUCUGGAUGGUGAUGUGUUCCACAUCACUGAUCCCAAUAAAUUCACCUAUAAGGAGGCUGAAGAAGAGUGUGAAAACCAGGAUGCUCGGCUGGCGACAGUUGGGGAACUCCAGGCGGCUUGGAGGAACGGCCUUGACCAGUGCGAUUACGGGUGGCUGAUGGACGCCAGCGUUCGCCACCCUGUGACUGUGGCCAGGGCCCAGUGUGGAGGUGGUUUACUUGGGGUGAGAACCCUGUAUCGUUUUGAGAACCAGACAGGCUUCCCUCCCCCUGAUAGCAGAUUUGAUGCCUACUGCUUUAAACCUAAACAGAAUAUAUCAGAGGCUACAACCAUCGAGCCGAAUAUCCUUGCAGAAACUGCAUCAGACAGUUUAUCCAAAGAACUGCAAAUGGUACCUGACAGAACUACACCAAUCAUCCCUGUAAUCACUGACUUACCUGUUAUUACAACAAAGUUCCCUUCUGUGAGAAAUAUAAUCAAUUUUGAACAGAAAUCCACAGUUCAGUCUCAAGCUGUCACACACAGAUUAGCCACUGAAUCACCCACACUUGCUAGGAGUACCAAGAAGCCUUGGGCUAUGGACUAUUACUCACCUUCUGUUUCAGGACAACUUGGAAAGCCAGAUAUAUCUGAAAUUCAGGAGGAAGUGCCCCAAAGUACAGCUGUCAUCUCCCAUCAUACUACUGAUUCACAGGGUGGCGUCAUGGAAGAUACACAAACACAAGAAUCAAUUAUGCAAAUUGAACAAAUAGAAGUAGGUCCCUUGGUAACAUCUAUGGAAAUCUCAAAGCAUAGUCCUUCUAAGGAAUUCUCUGUAACUGAAACACCAUUUGUAUCUACAACAAUGACCCUGGAAUCUAAAACUGAAAAGAAGACAGUAAGCACAAUUUCUGAAUUGGUGACUACAACCCGCUAUGAAUUCACCAUGGGAGAAGAUGAUAGUGAAGACAGAACACUUACAGUUAGAUCUGGUCAGAGCACCUUGGUCUUUAGCCAAAUACCUGAAAUCAUUACAGUGUCAAAGACUUCAGAAGACACUACCCAUACUCAACUAGAUGAUGUAGAAUCAGUCUCAGUAUCGACAACUGUCUCACCUGUAACUGUGCCUGACAAUGACGGAUCAUCCAUGGACAGCUCGGAAGAAAAACAAACUAAUGGUAGGAAAACUGAAGAUUUUUUUGGCCAAUAUGUAUCCACCACAUCUUUCCCAUCACAGCAUCAUACGGAAGUAGAGUCGUUUCCUUAUUCUGGUGAUGAAAGAUUAGUCAAGGGAAUAUCCACAAUGAUUUAUCCCUCCUCACAAACGGAAAGGACACAAGGAAGAGAAAGAACAGAAACACUAAGACCAGAGAUGAGAACAGAUACUUAUACUAAUAAUGAAAUACGGGAAAAGAUCACAAAAGAUCCAUUUACAGAAAAAAUCGAGGAAGAAGUCUUCUCUGGAAUGAAGUUCUCUACAGCUUCCUCAGAGCAAAUUCAUCUUACCGAAUCUUCAGUGGAGAUAACCAAAUCUUUUGAAUCCCCAGCAGUGACAACAACAAAACUAAGCAUGGUGCCAACAAAGGCAAGAGAUGUGGAGGACGACUUUACAACUCCAGUUGGAUUAGAAAGAGAUGGCUAUCAAGAUAUCACAAAGGAUGAUGAGGAUAUUACAACCGUGCAUUUCACCCAUAGCACUUUAAAUGUGGAGGUAGUCACUGUAUCAAAAUGGCCAUGGGAUGAAGAUAAUACAACUGCAAAGCCAUUCACGUCCACAGAACAUUCAGGCUCUCCAAAACUGCCCACUGCCUUACUCACCACUGUAGGAGUGAGUAGAAAGGAUAAAGAAAUACCAAGUUUCACUGAAGAUGAAGGAGAUGAAUUUAGUCUUAUCCCAGAUAGUACUCAAAAGCCAUUAGAGAAGUUUACUGAGGAAGACACAACAGACCAUGAGAAAUUCACAAUUAGAUUUCAGCCAACUACAUCAAUUGGCAUUGCAGAAAAGUCAACUUUGAGAGAUUCUACAACUGAAGAAAGAGUUCUACCUAUCACAAGCACAACAGGUCAAGUCAUUCAUGCAACCAUAGAAGGAAGUGCUUUAGAUGAAGAAGAUAUGGAUGUCUCUAAGCCCGUAUCUACUGUCUCCCAAUUUACACACACUUCAGAUGUGGAAGGAUCUGCAUUUGUCAAUUAUAGUAGCACCCAAGAGCCUACUACUUAUGUAAACACUUUCCAUACCAUUUCUCUUUCUAUAAUUCCCAAGACAGAAUGGGGAGUGUCGGUAUCUUCCAUCCCAUCACAAGGUGAAGUUCUAAGUGAACCCUCUCAAGACAUACAUGUCAUUGGUCGGACUCACCUUGAAGCAACUAUUUCUCCUGAAACUGUAAGAACAACAAAAGAAAUUACACCGGGAAGAAUUACAACUCAAGAAGAAUUCCCUUGGGAAGAACAGACUCCAGAGAAACCAGUCCCUGCUCUCAGUUCUACAGCUGGCACAGCCAAGGAGGCAACACCACCUUUGGAUGAACAAGAAAGUGAUCGGUCGGCAUAUACUAUCUCAGAAGACCAAUUGGUGACAGAUUCUGAGAGAGUCCCAGUUUUAGGAACAACUCCAAAUGGAAAAAUUGAGCCCAGUAUGUUUUAUCCACCUGCUGUUGUCACUGAGCCCAAAGCAAAAACAGAUGAAGUGGUAACACUAACACCACGCACGGGGCCGAAAGUAUCUUUAAGUCCAGGGCCCACACAAAAAUAUGAAAGAGAAGGUACCAGUCCAAGGGAAGUUGACAGACUUCACACAAUUUCAUCAUUCAAGACAUCCUCAGCAUCCACUGAGAAACUGCCUUUCCUUGACAGGGAACCUGGUGAAGAAACAACCAGUGACAUGGUAAUCAUUGCAGAAUCAACAUCUCAUGUUCCUCCCACUACUGUUGAUAUUGUAGCCAAGGAAACAGAAACCGAUAUUGAUAGAGAGUAUUUCACAACUUCAAGUACUCCUUCUGCUACACAGCCAACAAGACCACCCACUGUGAAAGGCAAAGAGGCCUUCAGACCUCAGCCAUUUUCUACUCCAGAACCCCCGACGGGGACCAAAUCCUACUCUGACAUAAAUAUUUUUAUUAUUGAGGUCAGAGAAAACAAGACAGGUCGAAUGAGUGAUUUGAGUGUAAUUGGUCAUCCAAUAGAUUCAGAAUCUAAAGAAGAUGAACCUUGUAGUGAAGAAACAGAUCCAGAGGACCAUAUAAUUGCUGAAAUUUUACCUGAGUUAAUUGAGAUAGAUCUAUACCACAGUGAAGAAGAUGAAGAGGAAGAUGAAGACUGUGCAAAUGCUACUGAAGUAACGACCACCCCAUCAGUACAGUACAUAAAUGGGAAGCAUCUAGUCACCACUGUGCCCAAGGACCCAGAGGCGGCAGAAGCCAGGCGUGGCCAAUUUGAAAGUGUUGCACCUUCUCAGAAUUUUUCAGACAGCAGUGAAAGUGAUACUCAUCAUUUUAUAAUAGCUGAAACUGGAUCAUCUACUGCCGUGCAACCUAAUGAAUCUAAAGAAACAACUGAAUCGCUUGAAAUUACAUGGAAGCCUGAAACUUACCCUGAAACACCAGAACAUUUUUCAAGUGGGGAGUCUGAUGUUUUCCCCACAGUUUCAUUCCAUGAGCGAGAAGCCACAGAGGGACCAGAAUCGGUCACAGAGAAAGGUCCUGAACUUGAUAAUCUGGUGCAUGGACGUGCUGAACCUGAAUCUCUGUCUUCUGAAGAGUCUUCAGGAGAAAUUGCCACUGACCAAGAAUCUCCAGAAAUGAUCUUUUCAAGGGCUACAGAAGUAACAUUUGGUGAAGAGGCAGAAAAAAGUACUUCUUUCACCUAUACUCCAAGUACAGUUCCAAGUUCUGGGUCAGCAGAUGUUUCGGAGGAAGUAUCAAUUACCUUAACAGGAAAUCCCUGGCCUGCUGACCCAUUGUCCACUGCGGAAAGCUGGAUGGAAAUAGCCUCGAGACAAACUGUAGAGCUCUCAGGGAGCCCUUCAAUUCCAAUUCCUGAAGGGUCUGGGAAAGCAGAAGAAGAUAAAGAUAAAAUGUUCACCAUGGUAACUGAUUUAUCACAGAGAAAUACUACAGAUACACUGGUUACUUUAGACACUAGCAAGAUCAUGAUCACAGACAACCUUUUUGAUGUUCCCGCAACCACCAUUUACUCGGUUUCUGAACAACCUUCUUCAGAAGUAGUGCCUACCAAAUUUGUACGGGAAAUAGACACAUCUGAGUGGGUUUUCAGUACAUCUCUUGAGGGAAAGAAAAGGAAAUAUGAGGAGGAGGGAAUCACAGGUACAGCUUCUACAUUUCAGCUACAUUUGCCUACACAGACAUCGGAUAAAUUAAUUUUACCUCCUGAAUUAGAAAACUCAAAUCAAGCUACGUCUAGUGAUUCAGCAUCUGCUACCAGGAACAGUUUUAUGUCCUUGAUGACACCUACAAAGUCGGAAAGGGAAAUGACAAGUUCUACUCUUGUCUUUACAGAAACAAAUGUCUUUGACAAUUCGGGGCCACAGAACACUGAGCCCAACAGUAGCAGCCAGCCUGGGGUUCAAGAAGGGCUGUCCACUGUCUUAGGUACCUCCAUCUCUCUCUUUAUGGAGCAGGGCUCUGGAGAAUCUGCUGCUGACCCAGAAACCACCACUUUUUCUGUAUUUCCAUUAAAUUUAGAGCCUGAACCUCAAACCAAAAAGGAAGCAGCUGCCACUUGGUCUCCCCAUGUGGAAACUAUAUUCCCUUUUGAGCCAACAGGACUAGUUUUGAAUACUGUGAUGGACAGAGAGGUUACUGAAAUUAUAAACCAAACAUCCAAGGAAUAUCUGGCAUCAGAGGUUUUAAGGGAGCCAAAGAAUGAGGCAGAAAUAAAGGGCUUUUCUCCAGAGUUUCCUUUGGAGGAAGAUUUCAGUGGUGACUUUAAAGAAUACUCAACAAUAUCUCAUCCCAUUACAAAAGAAGAAGAAAGAGUAAUAAUGGAAGGCUCUGGGGAUGCAGCAUUUAAAGAUACCCAGAUUUUACCAUCUGCAAUACCUGCUUCAGAUCACAUCAGUUACACAGCUGACUUGGAAGGACCUGAAGGCACCUUAGCUAGCACUUCAGCCUUCCCUUGGGAAGAGUUCACAGCCUCAGCUGAGGGCUCAGGUGAGCAAUUGGUCUCAGUCAGAAGUUCUGUUGACCAAAUGUUUCCCAGUGCUGUGGGAAAUGUUCUUGGUACAGAGUCCCCGUUUAUUGACCAAGUAUUAGGAGAAGAAGGUACUAUCAAAGAAGAUGAUAAAGGAUCCACCAUUUUACCAAGAGCAGAAGCUGAAGGUACUGAAGCUCCAACAGAAAAGGGGGAAGUGAAGGUCGAUGGCACAGUUUCAGUGGACUUUCCCCAGACAACAGAACCAACCAAAUUAUGGUCCAUGCAAGAAAUCAACCCCGUAAGACAAGAAAUUGAAACUGAAGCAGCAUCAGAGGUAAAGCUUCAAGAUCAAAAGUCUUUUGACUCCCCGCAAAGCUCUGUUGCACCAGAACAAACAAUUUUUGAUUCACAAACAUUUACCGAAACUGGAUUCCGAAUCACAGAUUUUUCUCCACUAACGACAAAGAUAACUUACAGUACCGGUGAGGAAAUGGAGGAAGGCAUUUCCUUAGUUGACACGUCUCCUCCAGAUCUAGAUGCAAAGGGUUUGGAACCUUACACUACUCUCCCUGAAGUUACUAAAAAAUCUCAUUUUUUCUUAGCUACUGCCUCAGUGACUGAAUCUAUACUAGCUGAAAGUAUAGUUACAGAUUCAUCAAUCAAAGAGGAAGAAAUUGUAAAACCCUUCCCCAAAGUUAUGGGACCAAUAAUUAAAGAGUCUGAUACUAAUCUUUUAUUCUCUGGACUGGGAUCAGGAGAAGAAGUUUUGCCUUCUACAGUGUCAGUGAAUUUUACUGAAAUGGAACAAAUCGUUAGCACAUUAUAUCCCCGGACUUCUCAAGUGGAAAGAUUAGAAACCAGCAUCUUAAGUGAUACAACUGAAGACUAUGAGGGAAUGGGAAAUGUGGCAAAUGAAGUUAGACCACUCAUUUCCAAAACAGACAACAUCUCUGAAGAUAGUGAGACAGCAUCUAGCACAACAUUACUAGAAAUUUUAAGUGACACCAGGACAAAAGGACCCUCGAUGGUAUCUCUCACUUUCUCCACAGACAAUAAACAUCCUCAGAAUCAGACUCACAGUUGGGCAGAAGAAAUCCAGACUAGUAGACCCCCACCUAUGACUGAACAAAUCUCUAAUGAGAACUCUUCAGCAGCAGAAAUUAGAGCAACAAUAACCUCUUCCACUGAUUUUCUGCCUAGAGCUUAUGGUUUUGAAAUGGCCAAAGGAUCUGUUACAUCAGCACCAAAACUAUCUGACUUGUUUUAUGAACAUUCUGGAGAAGGAUCUGGGGAACUGGCUAUAGCUGAUUUAGUCCACACCUCUGGAACUACUCAGGCAACUGGGCAAGGAGGUACCACAUUUGUUUCUGAUAGAUCCCUGGAAAAACAUCCUGAGGAUCCAAGUGCUAAUGCCGUUACUGUCACUGGAUUCCCAACGGUUUCAGUGGUUCUGCCUCUUCAUUCAGAGCAGAAUGAAAGCUCCCUUGAUCCAACUAGCACACUGUCAAAUACAGUGUCGUAUAAGAGGUCCACAGAAGGUGCUGCGGAUAGUUUCCAGGACUCUUUCACGGGAUUCGAGGGUGCCACCUUAAAACCUGACAGAAGAAAAGCCACCGGAAAUGUUAUCAUAGAUCUGGACAAAGAGGACAAGGAUUUAAUAUUGACAAUUACAGAGAGUGCCAUCCUUGAAAUUCUACCUGAGCUGACAUCAGAUAAAAAUACUAUCAUAGAUAUUGAUCACACUAAACCCAUCUACGAAGACAUCCUUGGAAUGCAGACGGACAUAGAUCCAGAGAUACCAUCAGGACCACAAGGCAGUAAUGAAGAAAGUACUCAAGUUCAAGAGAAGUAUGAGGCAACUGUUAAUCUUUCCUUAACUGAGGAAAACUUUGAGGGCUCCGGUGACACUCUUCUGGCUAGCUACACUCAGGCAGCACACAACGAAUUGAUGACUUCUGAAGAUGGAAGCCAAGUCAACCACAUGAGCUUGAUUUUUACAACUGGGAUCCCCAUCCCAAGCACAGAAACAGAAUUAGAUAUUUUGCUUCCCACAGCAACAUCCCUGCCCAUUCCUAGUAAGUCUGCCACAGUUCAUCCAAACAUUGAAGAACGAAAAGUGGAAACAAAAGCCCUGGAAGACAUCUUGGAGUCGAGCACUUUGUCUGAUGGUCAAGCCAUUGCAGACCAAAGUGAAGUAAUAUCAACAUUGGGUCAUCUGGAAAGGACACAGGAAGAGUAUGAAGAAAAGAAAUAUGUAGGUCCUUCUUUUCAGCCAGAAUUCUCUUCAGGAGCUGGGGAGGCACUGAUAGACUCUACACCCCACGUAAGUAUUGGUACUACCCAUCUUGUUGCUCAGAGUUCAACAGAGGCACCUAAUAUGAUGGAAGGAUCUAAUCCCCCAGAUUACGCUGAUAUAACGUCAGCACUUUUGGCUUUUGAAAAGUUGUCUUCUCAGACACCAUCAUCCACGUUCACUGUCCACUUAGGCAGUGGAGCCUCUGAGCACACAGAGGGCCCCCAGCCAAGUGCUCUGCCCGGUGUAGAUGCCAGCACAUCUCAAACAUCCCCAGGAAAACUUGCAGAUAUUGAAGUGACUUUCAAACCAUCAAGUGAAGAGUAUUUACAUAUAACUGGGCCUCCAACCCUACCUCCUGACACAGAAUUAGAACCUACAGAAGAUGAAAGUAAAUCUAAGUUUUUAGAACAAAUGGAAGCCUCUCCCACAGAACUAACUGCUGAAGAAGGAACUGAGAUUCUCCAAGAUUCUCAAAAUAAAACCAAUGUUCAACUUUCUGCAGAAAUAAUCAAGGUAUUUCCUAGCAUGAGAACACCUGAGGCUGGAACUGUUGUCACAGCUGCUGGUGAAAUUAAGCUAGAGGGCGCUACACUGUGGCCACCAUCUACUUCUGCUUCUGCAACUUAUGGGGCUGAGGCAAGUGUGGUGCCUCAGCCCAGCCCACAGACUUCUGAGAGGCCCACUGUUCCUUCUUCUCUGGAAAUAAACCCUGAAACGCAAGCAGCUUUGAUCAGAGGGCAAGAUUCUACAGUAGCAGCAUCAGAACAGCAAGUAUCAGUGAGAAUUCUUGAUUCCAAUAAUCAGGCAACAGUACGCCCUGCAGAGUUAAGUACUGUACUUGAAACACCAUCACUUUACCUUCCGGAAACUUCUAAUGAAACCGGUUUCCUGAUUGGCAUGAAUGAAGAGUCAGUGGAAGGCACAGCAGUCUAUUUACCAGGACCUGAUCGCUGCAAAACAAACCCGUGCCUUAAUGGAGGCACCUGCUACUCUACUGAAGUUUCCUAUGUGUGCACCUGUGUGCCAGGGUACAGUGGCGACCAGUGUGAACUUGAUUUUGAUGAAUGUCACUCUAACCCCUGUCGCAAUGGAGCCACAUGUGUCGAUGGUUUUAAUACAUUCAGGUGCCUCUGUCUUCCCAGCUAUGUUGGUGCACUUUGCGAGCAAGACACCGAGACAUGUGACUAUGGUUGGCACAAAUUCCAAGGGCAGUGCUACAAGUACUUCGCCCACCGACGCACAUGGGAUGCAGCUGAAAGAGAGUGCCGUCUGCAGGGCGCCCAUCUCACAAGCAUUCUAUCUCAUGAAGAACAAAUGUUUGUGAAUCGUGUGGGACAUGAUUAUCAGUGGAUAGGCCUCAAUGACAAGAUGUUUGAGCAUGACUUCCGUUGGACAGAUGGCAGCACACUGCAAUAUGAGAACUGGAGGCCCAACCAGCCAGACAGCUUCUUUUCUGCUGGAGAAGAUUGUGUUGUCAUCAUUUGGCAUGAGAACGGCCAGUGGAAUGAUGUCCCCUGCAAUUACCAUCUCACUUAUACUUGCAAGAAAGGAACAGUUGCUUGCGGCCAGCCCCCUGUUGUAGAAAAUGCCAAGACCUUUGGAAAGAUGAAACCUCGUUAUGAAAUCAACUCCCUGAUUAGAUAUCACUGCAAAGAUGGUUUCAUUCAACGCCACCUUCCAACUAUUCGUUGCCUAGGAAAUGGAAGAUGGGCCAUGCCUAAAAUUACCUGCAUGAACCCAUCUACAUACCAAAGGACUUAUUCUAAGAAAUACUUUAAAAAUUCUUCAUCAUCAAAGGACAAUUCAAUAAAUACUUCAAAACAUGAUCACCGUUGGAGCCGGAGGUGGCAGGAAUCGAGGCGCUGAUCCCUAAAAUGGCGAACAUGUGUUUUCAUCAUUUCAGCCAAAGUCCUAACUUCCUGUGCCUUUCCUAUCACCUCGAGAAGUAUUAUCAGUCAGUCUGGAUUUUUGGACCACCGUCCAGUCAUUUUGGGUUGCUGUGCUCCCUAAACAUUUUAAAUGAAAGCAUUGGUAUUCAAAAAGAAAGCAAACAAAAUGAAAGAAAAUGAGGGCAGAGAGUAACCAUUUCCAGCCUAUCUGAUUUCUUUAGUUUUCUAUUUGCCUUCAGUGCAGACCAUUUUAUAAUGUAUACCAGCCUACUGUACUAUUUAAAAAGUUCAAUUUCAGCACCAAUGACAAUGUAAAUAAGAUGAUUUAAUGUUGAUUUUAAUCCUGUAUAUAAAAUAAAAAGUCACACUGAGUUUGGGCAUAUUUAAUGAUGAUUAUGGAGCCUCAGAGGUCUUUAAUCAUUGGUUCGGCUGCUUUUGGUAGUUUGUUUAGGCUGGAAAUGGUUUUACUUGCCCUUUGACUGUCAGCAAGACCGAAGACAGCUUUUCCUGGACAAUUAGCAAACACAAAGUCUUGUAGGUCACACUGCACUGUCUCGGUGUGGGUGCAGUUUGCUGCCAUGUGAUGCCGAAGCCUGGCUAAUGGGAUCCUGAUGGACCUCGGGACUGCAAUGUGGAACUCUUCUUUGCUGCAUUCCUUUUUCUCCACUUACAAGAAAGGCCUGAAUGGAGGACUUUUCUAUGACCAAGAGCAUUUUUUAGGGGUCAAAGUGCUAAUUAUUAACUCAACCAGGUCUACUUUUUAAUGGCUUUCGUAACACUAACUUGCAAGGUUUCAGAUCAACACAUUUCAAAUGGAUAGAGACCUAGGGCUCUGGAGGGUGGGGGAAUUGUUAAAACAACACAUUCAAAGAAAGAAAUUUUGUAUAUAUAACCAUUUUAACCUUUUAUAAAGUUUUGAAUGUUCAUGUAUGAAUGCUGCAGCUGUGAAGCAUACAUAAAUAAAUGAAGUAAGCCAUACUGAUUUAAUUUAUUGGAUGUUAUUUUCCCCCAAACCUGAAAAUUGACAUAGUACGCUAGUUAUUUUUUCAGUGUUAGCCUUUAUGCUUCCCUCACACAGUUUGGAACCAUAUAAUCUAGAUACUUUGUCCCUGAUUAAAUAAUGUGAUGGAUAGAAUGCAUCAGUGUUUAUUACGAAAAGAGUGGUGAAGUGUAGCUUUCAGUAGUAGAUGGUGUUUGCCCAUUCUAAGCAAAGAGCAUUUAUAUAGAAAUAAUGUAGGCAUUUCUGCCUGUUAGGUUGAGUGUAUGUCUUGAAAUGUCUUCCUAUCUCUUCCCAUUUGUUUUCUCCCCUUUAUUUGAAUAAGUGACUGCCGACAAUGAUUUUGAAUUAUUAUCCAC